AUGAAGUCCUUUAUCUUCCGUCUAAGAUCCCUCCAUGCGAACCGAGCGGUCGUAUUCUAUGCCAGUCUUUGGAUGUCACUCAAUGUCGUAGUGACUUUGUACAACAAACACGUCCUAACGACCUUUAACUUCCCGAUUAUUCUCACCACAUGGCACCUGGUAGUCACCACACUCGGCGUCAAAGCCUUGGCUAUGACAACUCCGUUAGGGGAUGAUCUAGCAGGAUGCACUAGCAUGCACGAUCACAUUCCAUCCAUUUUACUGGUUGGACUGGCCUUCUCCCUAAAUCUUAUUCUGAACAAUGCAGCAUUCGCAUAUUUAAGCGUCGCCUUUAUUCAAAUGUUCAAGACAAUUAGCCCCGUCGUUGUUUUCCUCGCCGGCUACCUCACUGGCCUCUACUACAUACACGCGCGCGGACUUCUAGUCGUCUACACAAUCUGUAUCGGGGUCACUCUCUCCUCAUACACAGAAUCAAACCCUAACCUAAUCGGCAUAAUCAUGCUCUGCGGCGCUAUGGCCUUCGAGGCUGUUCGCCUUCUUCUCGUUGAGAUUCUUCUCUCGUCGCGCAAACAAAGCCUUAACCCGUUCCUAUCGCUUUACUAUUUCAGUCCGGUCUGCGCUGCCUUCUGUUGUAUCUUCGCUGUCCUCUUUGAGGCCCAUCGGUUCUCGCUCGCCGCAGUUACAGCCACGGGCUUCUGGACGCUAUUCGGAAGCGCUCUUUCUGGCUUCAUGUUGAACGUCUCGGCUGUUUUACUAAUAAGUCGCAGCUCUGCACUAACAUUGUCGAUAUGUGGUGUGCCGAAAGCGAUGGUGACUGUUUUUGCAUCCACGGCACUUCUGCAUGAGGUUGUCACUCCGCUGCAGGUGGGCGGGUUUGGGAUCGCCAGUCUCGGUCUAUUGGGGUAUGGUUUCUGUGAUGUUAAAAGGAGACGGGGUGAUGUGGACGGAUAUACGGAGUUGGUUAGCGAGAAGAACAUAGAAGAUAGUAGAACGGAGAGCAGUACAUAA